CCUAUGUCUCUAAAUGUGAGUGCUUGAACAAAAAACACUCUUGCAAUAAUGCAUGGAAAAAUGUGUAACAAAUACGGAGUAUUAAACUAUUAUAUAUGGAGUACAUUUUUAUCAGCAUUUUCAUCUGCUACAAUUUUACUAUACCCACUUUAACAAAGCUUUUGUGCAUGUAUGUGUGGUCAAGCUGCUGUCAUCACUCCACGCCAAGUAAUUUCUGGUUUAGGGGCACGUCAUGUCACGGCAGUUGCUGCAGCCAAGCAUCACACUGUUGUUGCAACAGAGACUGGAGAGGUUUUUACAUGGGGUUCUAAUAGAGAGGGCCAACUUGGCUAUACCUCUGUUGAUACUCAGCCCACACCUCGGAGAGUGAAUUCUCUAAGGUCGGCAGUAGUUGCGGUUGCUGCUGCAAACAAGCACACUGCUGUAGUCACUGACAGUGGUGAAGUGUUUACUUGGGGUUGCAAUAAAGAGGGUCAGCUUGGGUAUGGUACAUCUAACUCAGCUUCCAACUAUACUCCAAGGGUUGUUGAAUAUUUGAAGGGAAAAAUUUUCACUGGUGUUGCCGCAGCUAAGUAUCACACAAUUGUAUUGGGAUCAGAUGGGGAGGUUUUUACUUGGGGCCACCGUUUGGUCUCUCCAAAACGUGUUAUCAUUGGCAAAAACACAAAAAAAGUUGGGAGCACUUCUUUGAAGUUUCAUCGUAAACAUGUUGUAGCCAUUGCUGCUGGUACAACGCAUAGUGUGGCCUUGACAGAUGAUGGUGCUUUGUUUUAUUGGGUGUCAGCCGAUCCUGAUUUUCAACCUCUGCAGUUAUAUCCACUCUGUGGGAAAGAUAUUGUCAGUAUCUCUGCUGGGAAGUAUUGGACUGCUGCAGUUACUGUUACAGGUGAUAUUUACUUUUGGGAUGCAAAGACAGAAAGAGAUAUACCUCACUCAUUGAAUCGGUUGCAUGGAGUGAAAAAAGCUAGUGCCGUGUCUGUUGGAGAGACCCAUUUAUUGAUAAUAAGCUCUCUGUAUCAUCCUCUUUAUAUGUCUCAUGCUAUGGAUGAUCCGCAAAAGCUCAAGCCCAAGUUAAAAUGUGAAAUUGAUGAGCUUGAUGAAGGCUUUAUGUUUGAUGAUAUUGAGACAGAUGAAGUCUUGUCUCCUGUAAAAAAGGAGGAUGAAAAUAAGAGUGUGCCAAGCUUAAAGAGUUUGUGUGAGAAAUUGGCAGCGCAACAUCUGGUGGAGCCACGAACAGCUAUCCAAGUACUGGAAAUUGCGGACUCCUUAGGGGCUGAUGAGUUAAGGAAACAUUGUGAGGAUAUUGUUAUUCGGAACCUUGAUUAUAUCCUUGUAGUCUCAGGACAAGCGAUUGCCAAUAUAUCUUUGGAUAUCCUUGUCAGGCUAGAGAAACUAUUGGACUUGAAGUCAUCCGAACCAUGGAGUAAUCAUCGGCUUCCAACCCCUACGGCACCCUUCCCGACCAUAUUAUACAGCGAUGGAGAAGAGAGUAGUGAUAAUGAAUCUCUGAGAACGCGUGACUGUAGGAAGAAAAAGAAGGCAUCAAUUUGUAGAAAACAGGGUGAUAGACAGUUAGACAACUUUAUGCAGUCUUGUGAGGACAAAGAAUGGGUUUCAAAGCAGGUCCGAGCGUUGAGGAAGAAGCUGCAGCAGAUUGAGAUGCUUGAAGUGAAGCAGUCCAAGGGGCAGACCCUUGAUGCCCAACAAAUUGCUAAGCUUCAAACAAAGUUUUCUUUGGAACAUUCACUUUCUGAGCUUGGUAUUCCUAUCGAAGAGUUGCAAACUACCAUCUCUGUCAAUGGAAAACAAAAUACUGCUAAAGAGCUGGAGACAUCCAAUAGGAAGAGGAGAAAAAACAAACAUAAGCAUGCCCAGUCAGAGUUGAAGGAUGGUAACCAUGAAAUCAUUGCCGAGCCAAGUCAGGAAAAGGGUUGCUUGGUUGUUAGCAUUGCACCAGCUGAUACUAAGACACUGUUAGCAUUUGUGGCCUCGUGGGAAAGAGAAGCCAUAGAGUUUUGCUAUAAUCACACUUGCGUGUGAUUUGGAAUGUUAUAUGUAGUCCCAUUCAAAUUGGCAAAAAGUUGGUGAAAGGUGUGUAUAUAGUCAUUUAGGGAGUGGAUUUAGCAUCACCCUUAUUAUUAUAUACUCCCUCCGUCCAAAAAAGAAGUUCCCGGUUUGACCCGGCACGCACUUUAAGGAAAGUUGAAAUUGUCUUUGACUUUCCCAUAUUACCCUUAUGCCUACUCUCUUCCGAUCCUCAAUCCUCACUUCCUUCUGUGAAUCCUCAUACAUCUCCUUCAACCAUUAUUACCACAAAAAUUAACUUUCUUACACAUAAAAUUAAAUUGAGGAAUUGGGGAAAUCUGGGAAAUUUAUAGUUAGAACUAUGAACAAAUAUGGGAAGCUUUGGGAAAAAAGAAAAAUUAAAUGGGCGGAGGUGAUGGAGAUUAUACUACAUUAGACCUGUCCGGAUCCGGCCGCCACACACCUCCGACCACCGCCUCGGUUUUCCGGUGCUCCCAAUCUUGGGUGACGGGAAAAAAUAAGAAGGGGAGACAUUAGAUCUGUUCGGAUCCGGCCGCCACA